CCUACCUAAAAACUUAUAAGAACAUUUUGGGACGAUCACAGGAGCCGAAAGUAGUAAUUGCAACAAGAGCGAGGCUAUGAUUGCUAAGUAAAGGACGAGUUUAUAUAUUCGUUACGUGCCGAGUGUAAAUGUAAAUCAAAAUCAUGUAGCUUCCAAUUGGAACAAAUACGUGUGCAGUCACUUCGUAUUUUUGUAAGUGAUUUCCAAACAGCACCCAAGCAGCAAAAUGUCGUUUUCGGAGUUGUCGCAAGUGUUUGAUAUGCGUCGGGAUGUUUUGAAUCCGUUGAAGGAAGUGGUUUUUGGUGACCCGCUUGUACCUAAGGACUACCACGCCGAGCUCUCGACGCUUCCCGUAACCGCUGGCUAUUGUGACCCGGCACGGGUUCCUGUCGAUCAUAUUCAGGCGAUCGAUAUCGCGACCAAAAAAGUGAACCAAGCUCGUUUCUUGCUGAAGAAGCAGUACGCUGUGGCGGAAGUGGAAUUUCUCGACAAAGCGGUCUUACAGCCGUUGGGAAGUGCGAAAAAUAUGGUCGAAAGAUCGAAGAUCGAAUCCUUCUUCGAAUGGCUGGUUACUCCUGUCUACGCGGCCGCCAAACCGACCGUCUCGGAGAAUUUUCACAAAGCCAGAACCGCACUGGAGCUAUCGGCGCAGCAUGCGCGCUCACAUUUCGGUGGGAGCAGAGCCGCUGGCAUUCUGGGCUGCGCUGCGCACGAUCUGCGUUGGUUUGACCCAGCUCCAUUCGCGCACCCGAUUGCCUCGGCCGUCGGGAGAUAAAGCAGCGACUGAAUUCUAUGAAGACAAUUAUAGAUCCUUCCGAACCCGAUACUCAGAGUUGUCGGCACGGUCCAGGUCGUAACUGCACUGAAUCCCGGCUAAGAUGAAACAAUCCAAAUAUAGCAAAAAGAAAAAGCGGAUGAAAAUCGUGCAGCAUGCUUUCUGCUAAGCGAA